AAGUGAUUUUUAGACCAAGCUAUUAACGGUCUUACUGUCAAAUAUAUACAGCCGUCUGCAGAGGAAUUUAAAGUUUGAUCCAAUAAAACUCAAAAUAAACAUGAACCGCUACGCGGUAAGCUCGCUGGUAGGACAGGGAUCCUUCGGAUGCGUGUACAAGGCGACACGCAAGGACGACAGCAAGGUGGUGGCCAUAAAAGUGAUCUCCAAGCGCGGAAGAGCUACCAAAGAACUAAAGAAUUUGCGCAGGGAAUGCGACAUCCAGGCCCGAUUAAAGCAUCCGCACGUCAUCGAGAUGAUCGAAUCCUUUGAGUCGAAAACAGAUCUCUUUGUGGUCACCGAGUUCGCAUUGAUGGAUUUACAUCGCUACCUUUCCUAUAAUGGAGCCAUGGGCGAGGAGCCGGCACGUCGGGUGACCGGUCAUCUGGUAUCUGCCUUGUACUAUCUACACUCCAACCGCAUCCUGCACCGGGAUCUCAAGCCGCAGAACGUUCUUCUUGACAAGAAUAUGCACGCCAAGCUUUGCGACUUCGGUUUGGCCCGUAACAUGACCCUGGGCACCCACGUGCUCACCUCGAUUAAAGGCACACCGCUAUACAUGGCUCCGGAGUUGCUGGCAGAACAGCCGUACGAUCACCAUGCGGACAUGUGGUCUCUGGGCUGCAUUGCCUACGAGAGUAUGGCCGGACAGCCUCCAUUCUGUGCGAGCUCCAUCCUGCAUCUCGUUAAGAUGAUCAAGCACGAAGAUGUCAAGUGGCCAAGCACACUGACCAGCGAAUGUCGUUCCUUUUUGCAGGGUCUGCUCGAGAAAGAUCCUGGCAUGCGAAUAUCGUGGACUCAGUUGUUGUGCCACCCCUUCAUCGAAGGUCGUAUCUUCAUCGCCGAACUGCAGGCGGAGGCGGCCAAAGAGUCGCCCUUCACAAAUCCCGCGGCCAAGGUGAAGACAGUCAAGCCAUCCAAUCAGGAGGCUGGUGAUCUUGACGAAGCCUUGGCCGCAUUGAACUUUGGCGAGGCGCCCCAGGAAAACUUGAGCACCUCACGUGACAGUAUUAACGCCAUUGCUCCCAGUGAUGUAGAGAAUCUUGAAACGGAUGUAGAGGAUAACAUGCAACGGGUGGUCGUACCGUUUGCAGACGUUUCCUUUAGAGAUUUGACUGGUAUACGGGCAAUGCCGGUGGUCCACCAACCGCUGGUCAACUCGCACACUUGCUUCGUCAGCGGCAACUCCAACAUGAUACUUAAUCACAUGAACGACAACUUCGACUUUCAGGCCUCUUUGCGGGGCGUGGUGGCCAAGCCGAAAGUGGUCCCCGUCGUGCGGCAGUCACGAAGCAAAGAUCUCGAGAAACGGAAGCUUAGCCAGAAUCUGGACAACUUCUCAGUACGUUUAGGUCAAAGCGUCGACACCGAUGCUCACCGUAAGACUACAGAUCAUCAAGCACAGGAGAAACUUACCCAGGAGAAGGUUGCACAGGAGAAACUUACCCAGGAGAAACUUACCCAAGAGAAGAAGCCUGCUACUCAACCGAUUCCCCACACUAGCUCUCAGCCCCCGCAGCCACAGUCUCAGCAGUUAAAGCACUCAAUGCACUCCACCAACGAAGAGAAACUCAGCAGCGACAACACACCGCCCUGCCUAUUGCCAGGAUGGGACAGUUGCGAUGAGUCCCAAAGUCCGCCCAUCGAGAACGAUGAGUGGCUCGCCUUCCUAAAUCGAUCGGUGCAGGAGCUACUUGAUGGCGAAUUGGACUCACUGAAGCAGCACAACCUGGUUAGCAUUAUAGUGGCGCCGCUACGCAACUCCAAGGCCAUUCCGCGAGUGCUGAAGAGUGUGGCUCAGCUGCUGUCGCUGCCCUUUGUGCUGGUGGAUCCUGUUCUGAUAGGAGAUCUGGAGUUGAUUCGAAACGUUUAUGUGGACGUUAAGCUGGUGCCCAAUCUCAUGUACGCCUGUAAGCUGCUUCUGUCGCACAAGCAGCUCUCGGACUCUGCUGCCUCCGCGCCACUUACGGCUGGCUCGCUUAGCCGGACGCUGCGAAGCAUUCCCGAGCUUACUGUCGAGGAGCUGGAAACAGCUUGCAGUCUUUACGAACUGGUCUGUCACCUGGUACACCUGCAGCCACAGUUUCUCACCCAGUUCUGCGAUGCAGUUGCUAUUCUGGCAGCAAACGAUCUAUUCCUGAACUUCCUCACUCAUGACUUCAGACACUCUGACUCCGACUCGGCCUCUGUGCGUCUGGCUGGCUGCAUGUUAGCACUAAUGGGUUGUAUGCUUCGUGAAUUGCCCGAAAACGCCGAGCUUGUGGAGAGGAUUGUCUUCAAUCCACGACUUAACUUCGCAACGCUCCUGCAGAGUCGCCACCACUUGUUGCGGCAACGUUCCUGCCAGCUACUGCGUUUACUAGCCCGCUUCAGUUUGCGCGGCGUGCAGCGCAUUUGGAACGGAGAGCUACGAUUCGCACUGCAGCAGCUGUCGGAGCACCAUUCCUACCCAGCCCUGCGUGGGGAGGCUGCCCAGACCCUCGACGAGAUUAGCCAUUUCACUUUUUUCGUCACCUAG